GGCGAGGGGUGGCGUCGGGGAGGAGGAGGAAGGGAGGAAGUGACCCAAGGCCCCUGGAAUGCCAGCCUGGCUCCCGAGGAGGAGAAGGAGGAGAAGGAGAAAGAGGCAGAGGGGCUCCUUGCUCUCCCUGCCGGGCCCCAGCCAUGCCCCACUUCACCGUGGUCCCCGUGGAGGACAAGGGCGGCCGGGGGGCCUACGACCACCUGGAGGGCCUCAACUGGGUGGACUAUGGCCAGGAAGGAGCCUCCUCUCGAGGGGAGCCCCGGGGGUCGGCUUCGGCUUCCCGUCCAGGAGAGGACCCCUACGACUCCAUCGGCUCCGACGGCCAUGGCAACCAUAAAGAAAGCAGCCCUUUCCUUAACAACUCUGACGCUGGCAAAGGAGAUUACUAUGACAGAAACCUGGCCUUAUUUGAGGAAGAACUGGACAUCCGCCCCAAAGUCUCUUCUCUACUUGGGAAGCUGGUCAGCUACACAAACCUCACUCAAGGAGCCAAGGAACAUGAGGAAGCAGAAAGUGUUGAAGGCUCGAAGAAGAAAGUAUCAAAAUCACCCAACAUGGGCACCUUGAUGGGCGUCUACCUGCCCUGCAUGCAGAAUAUCUUUGGGGUCAUCCUCUUCCUUCGGUUGACAUGGAUGGUGGGGACAGCCGGCGUUCUGCAGUCCUUCCUGAUUGUCUUAAUCUGCUGCUGCUGUACCAUGCUGACGGCCAUAUCAAUGAGUGCUAUCGCAACCAAUGGUGUUGUCCCAGCUGGCGGUUCAUACUUCAUGAUCUCAAGGUCCUUGGGCCCUGAAUUCGGUGGAGCCGUGGGACUGUGUUUUUACCUCGGAACGACUUUUGCAGGCGCGAUGUACAUCCUUGGUGCCAUUGAAAUUCUGUUAACAUACAUCGCUCCCCAAGCUGCCAUUUUCCAUCCAACCGGAGCCCAUGAUACUUCCAAUGCCACGCUGAAUAACAUGCGAGUGUACGGCACCAUAUUCCUCACGUUCAUGGCCGUGGUGGUCUUCGUCGGCGUGAAAUACGUCAACAAAUUUGCUUCUCUGUUCCUGGCCUGUGUCAUUAUUUCCAUCUUGUCUAUCUAUGCCGGGGCGAUCAAAUCCAUCUUUGACCCACCUGCCUUCCCGAUUUGUAUGCUAGGUAACCGGACACUUUCAAGGGACCAGUUUGACAUCUGUGCUAAAACCACCACUGUUGGAAACAUCACUGUGCCCACCAACUUGACUGAGCUCUUCUGCCCAGGUUUCAACAUCACCUCCGGAUUGUGCGACGAGUACUUUCAUUUCAACAAUGUUACCGAAAUUGUCGGAAUCCCUGGAGCUGCGAGUGGGAUUCUGAAAGAUAACGUCUGGAGCAAUUACAUGGAGAAAGGAGAGAUCCUGGAGAAAGCUGGCCAGCCGUCUGUUGAUGCAGCCGGGCAUAAGGACAACCUUCACCUGUAUGUUUAUGCAGACAUUGCGACGUCCUUCACGGUUCUUGUUGGCAUCUUCUUCCCUUCUGUGACAGGGAUCAUGGCUGGCUCAAACCGAUCUGGAGACCUCAAGGAUGCCCAGAAGUCCAUUCCUGUUGGAACUAUCCUAGCUAUUGCUACUACAUCUCUAGUUUAUUUCAGCUGUGUGUUGCUGUUCGGAGCUUGCAUUGAAGGUGUUGUUCUUAGAGACAAAUACGGCGAUGCGGUGAACAAGAACUUGGUGGUGGGGACGCUGGCAUGGCCCUCGCCUUGGGUCAUCGUGGUUGGGUCCUUUUUCUCUACCUGCGGGGCAGGUUUGCAAAGCCUCACGGGUGCCCCACGCCUCCUUCAAGCCAUCGCCAAGGACAACAUCAUUCCUUUCUUAUGGGUCUUUGGCCAUGGGAAGGCAAAUGGGGAGCCAACGUGGGCCCUGUUGUUAACAGCGCUGAUUGCCGAAUUGGGUAUUCUGAUCGCGUCCCUUGACAUGGUGGCUCCGAUUCUUUCUAUGUUUUUCUUGAUGUGUUACCUAUUUGUCAACUUGGCCUGUGCAGUGCAAACGCUCCUAAGAACUCCAAACUGGCGGCCCAGAUUUAAAUACUACCACUGGGCCUUGUCCUUUUUGGGUAUGAGUAUCUGCCUCGCACUGAUGUUCAUCUCCUCCUGGUAUUACGCGUUGGUGGCUAUGCUAAUUGCAGGAAUGAUUUACAAAUACAUUGAAUACCAAGGGGCAGAGAAGGAAUGGGGUGACGGGAUCCGGGGUCUCUCCCUAAGCGCUGCCCGAUAUGCCUUGCUGAGACUGGAGGAAGGCCCCCCGCAUACAAAGAACUGGAGGCCUCAGCUCUUGGUGCUUCUGAAACUGGAUGAAGAUUUGCAUGUGAAAUACCCCCGGCUGUUAACAUUUGCAUCUCAACUGAAAGCUGGCAAGGGCUUGACCAUCAUUGGGACAGUGAUCCAAGGCAACUUUUUGGAGAGCUACGGAGAAGCUCAGGCAGCAGAACAGACAAUCAAGAACAUGAUCGAAAUUGAAAAGGUGAAAGGGUUUUGCCAAGUGGUCGUGGCUAAUAAAGUCCGAGAUGGCAUUUCUCACUUGAUCCAGUCGUGUGGAUUGGGUGGCAUGAAGCACAACACAGUAGUGCUGGGUUGGCCCUACGGCUGGCGGCAAAGCGAAGAUCCACGAUCCUGGAAGACCUUUAUAGACACAGUGCGCUGCACAACCGCUGCCCACCUGGCUUUGCUUGUGCCCAAAAAUGUGUCCUUCUACCCUGGGAAUCACGAGCGCUACAACGAAGGGAACAUCGACGUCUGGUGGAUCGUGCACGAUGGAGGCAUGUUGAUGCUGCUCCCUUUUCUACUCAAACAACAUAAAGUUUGGCGAAAGUGCAAGAUGCGAAUCUUUACCGUAGCCCAGAUGGACGACAACAGCAUCCAAAUGAAGAAAGACUUAGCCACCUUCCUUUACCAGCUGCGAAUAGAGGCUGAUGUAGAAGUAGUUGAAAUGCAAAACAGCGAUAUCUCUGCAUAUACUUAUGAACGAACUCUGAUGAUGGAACAGAGAUCACAGAUGCUGAGGCAGAUGAGACUGACCAAAACAGAGCGAGAAAGGGAGGCUCAGCUGGUGAAGGACAGGCACUCGAUCAUCAGGUUAGAGAGCCUCUACUCGGAUGAAGAAGAUGAAGGAGAAGCAGUACCAGAAAAGAUCCAGAUGACGUGGACGAAGGACAAAUACGACUCAGAGAAACGGAACCGUAACAACGCAGUGGAAAACUUCAGAGAGCUCAUCAGUAUUAAACCGAACCAGUCAAAUGUGCGGAGGAUGCACACUGCUGUCAAGUUGAAUGAAGUCAUUGUCAACCGGUCCCAUGAUGCCCGACUUGUUCUUCUCAACAUGCCUGGGCCUCCAAAGAACACCGAUGGUGAUGAAAAUUAUAUGGAAUUUCUUGAGGUCUUGACCGAAGGCUUAGAGCGAGUGUUACUUGUCAGAGGAGGUGGGCGAGAAGUCAUCACUAUUUACUCCUGAUUCACUAUUAUGAUCAAAUGACAUUCCCGUUCUAAAAGAGGAAGAACAUGCCAUCUCUGCCACCACUUGUAAAGCAUCUUUUUUUUUUCUACUACAAGCAAACACCACAAACUGUAGCUGCAAACGCAAGUUCCAAUGAAUUCUUCUUCCAGUUGCAACAUACAUAUCUGUUCUGGAGUGCAAUAUGCCAUUCUGCUAGGGACAUGUUUAAUCAUGAUGCUGCGAUGUAGUUUUGUUUCUGCUUUCAUGCUCCAGCAGAUGUGUGUGCGGUUUCUUACUGAACCUCCUUUUUUAAAAAAAAGAAAGAAAAGGAAAAAGUGCAGACUUUUUAGGUAACUGCACCUUAAUAUAUUAGAACUGAACUCAGUUAUCAGUUAGCUAGAUUUUAAACAAAUCUUUUCCAGUAGGACCUUGGGGUGCAGAUACUUUUAAAGAGCAGCUAGUUCCUGCUCCUUUCUAUUUUCUAAAUGAAAAGAGCAUGGUUUAAAACCUAGACCGUUUUGUAAACUCAUCUCCCGAACUACAGUUUUAGUAUUGAAUGAGAAUGUACACUUUGGAAUACAAGUUUUAAAUUAUAAUUAUGUAUUUUAAUUCCUACAAUGAUGUACAAGAGACUAGCGGAGUCUCUAGAUUAAAACGCACCUUCCUUUCCCUUUAUUUAUUUUUCUCUAUUUAUUUGUUAGAAACAGUGGCAGAAGAAAGUAAGCAAGCUGCCUAGACUAAGGAUUGUAGUUGUCUACCUGCGGGAUAUUUUUUUACCCGGAGCAGACAAUUUAAUGAACACACAACUAGACAUUCC